UUUAAUUGACAGCACGGCUAGUGGGCGAGGAGAAACGAGAGAACCAAUAACAGCCGUGGGUGGUCUUGAUGAGCAGGGCCCGUAGCCAAUGGCGAGGGGCAAGUGGUCGCUCUGUUGCCAGGGCCACGCGAUCGCCAAGGCCGCGGCUGGGCGCGGUGGCGGCCGCCGCUGCCGCCCUCCGGGCCCGCCGCCGCCACCCGCCCCGGGCCGGCGCCAUGGUGAAGCUCGCUGCCAAGUGCCUGCUGGCAGGUGAGUCUGGCCCGCCCGCUCCCGUCCGCCCCGCUGGCCACAGGGGACUAGAGCGGGCGCCGUGGGGUGAGGCGAGGCCGGCAGCGCAGGCGGCUCGGCUUCCCACAGGCUCUCGUCGAGGGGCCGCCCCGGCGGAGAAGAGGUGGAGAAAGAGGCGACAGGAGAGAAGUGAGGACCUCGACUGCCUGGGGACGGGAACGGGGAACUCGUGUGUGUUAUUAGCACUCGGAGAUCCAGCUGUGGGUAAGAGUGCUUUAGCCCAGAUGUUUCGAAGUGAUGGGGCUCAUUUUCAGAAGAACUACACACUGACAGUGGGCAUAGAACUGUUGGUGAAGGCUGUAUCGGUUCCAGAGACAAGUGAUAGCGUGGAAUUCUUCAUUUUUGACUCGGCAGGAAAAGAUCUAUUUUCUGAAAUGUUGGAGAAACUGUGGGAGCAACACAACGUCCUGUGCCUUGUGUAUGAUGUCACUAAUGAGCAAUCCUUCGACAACUGUAACAAAUGGUUGGAGAAGCUGAGGGCUCAAGCAGCUGGGGUGCACAUCCCGGGUGUCUUAGUGGGAAAUAAAACAGACCUAACUGAUCGUCGAGUUGUGGAGCAGGAACAAGCACAGGAGUGGGCUGAGAAACAUGGCCUGGAAUACUGUGAGAUGUCAGUGAAGGAAAUGAAAAAUUUUGAGGCCCCUUUCCACAUCCUGGCAAAGUUAUUCCACCAACUGUACAAAAAGAAAGUGGAAACUUUUCACUCGCUGGCCUGACUGAAUCCGUUUCUUUCCUUCGGCGUGGCUCGCUGUCCCUGCCUGGUGGGAGCUGUGUCGCGUCCAUCCGCUGUCACUUGGUGACGCAGUGCCCUCUGCUGGUCCCAGGUCACAGGAGUUCUCCAGAGGCUGCCACUUCCCAUGGAGUGAGCAGGAAGGGCUUCCUGCAGGCACGUCCGAGUUGGCUUAAAUGCAAAAUGGAGUCAAAUUCCAAGAAUACCUUUUCUAUUCUAAAGAUGAAUCUAAAACUUAUAAAAAAUUACCUUUUCUUCUUCA